AUGAAGGUCAAGGCCGCCUUUAGCCUGCUGGCCAUAUCUGGUAGAGCGACGUCGCUCUCGACUGUACCACCAACACAAAUUGCCAAUACCACUGUGAUUCCCAAUGCAUACAUUAUUGAGUUUCAACCAGACUUCCACCCCUCUUUGCACCCUCUACAACGCUUUGCCCAAACUCCUAUAGGCAUUAAAGCAGGCUACCAAAUCCGCCAUGAGUACAACUCCUCUGAUCUAUUCCUGGGAGUCUCAGUCUCCUUUGAAACAAACGUCGACCUUGAUUCUGUCAGAAAAGCCAAUGGGGUGAAGAAUGCCUGGCAUGUGGCCCUUGUUCCUCGACCCCAGCCGUACUUUAGAAACGGUAGCCCCAAAGUCCAAUCGGCCAGCGGUAGUGGCAAUACGACCUUGCCCAAUCUACGAGGUGUUAGCGGCGUGAACCAACCCCUAGUUUCUACCAAUGUCCAGAAGCUUCACGAUCAGGGCAUUAGAGGCAAAGGAGUCCAGAUCGCCAUUAUUGAUUCCGGUGUCGAUUAUCGACACCCCGCACUUGGCGGAGGCUUCGGCCCUGGCCACAAAAUCGCUCUAGGUUGGGAUUUUGUGGGCGAUAAUUACACCGGCUUCAAUACUCCUAUGCCUGAUCCCGAUCCACUGGCAACAUGUGCUAGUGGUGGACAUGGAACUCACACGGCCGGUAUUUUGGCCAUGGAAGAUCCUGACAAUGAAGGCUUCGGUCUUGUUGGAGCGGCUCCUGAUGCGACAAUAGCAGCUUAUAGAGUAUUUGGAUGUGACGUUGGCGACGCGACCAAUGAUAUUCUUAUAGGUGCAAUGCUUCGCGCCGCUCAAGACGGUGCGGACGUAAUAUCCAUGUCUAUUGGAAUAAUCGGCGACAUAUGGGAAGCUAUCAACCCUUUUGACGCAGUGGUAACUCAACUCGCACAGAAGGGGGUAGCAACUGUGGCGGCUGUUGGCAACUUUGGCCCUGCAAUAUACACUGCAUCGAUUCCAGGUAUCUCCCAAGAUGGGCUAAGUGUGGGCUCCAUGGAGAAUGAGGUAUACCCAACUCAUUACACAGCCUAUGAUGAAAAGCAAAGGUCGCUAGAUUAUAUAUCGGUACUCCCUUAUCCGGCAAAGGGCCAACAAGACAUCUUCUUGCUUGGAACUGGGCUUGGAAUACCAAUCAAUGAUACUGUCGCAAGUGGUUGCUACCAGCCAGCUUGGGAUGCAGCUGCUAAUGCAUCUGUUGAUUGGAAUACAACUCUAUUGUUGGUGUCUUACACAAACAAUUGUGGCAAUAGUUGGUUUUCGGCUCAGGAUUUGGGCGCCUCGACUAUUAUGGCUUAUCUCACAAGCGAAGAUCAGCUCAUUGUGCUAGAUGAGCCAGGAACCACCCCAGAAAUCUUAUGGUUGACCUACAAUAGCUCAAAGGCAAUUGUGCAAAAUAUUAAAGAUUUGUCACCUAACGAGACGUAUAGCCUGAAAUUUGAUGGUUCAACAGCUGCGCAAUCUCAGCAGCUCAUUGCCGACCCACAAGGAAGGUUCAUGGAUUCAUUUACGAGCCUUGGUCCUACUAUUGAGUUGACAUUACAUCCUAAGGUUGCUUCGCCCGGAGGCACAAUUCUAUCAACAUGGCCGCUGGAUGCGGGUGCUUAUGCAGUUAUAUCUGGAACGUCGAUGGCAACGCCGCUCGCAGCUGCGAGUUAUGCGCUUCUCAAGAGUCAAUUCCCUCAUCUCACUGUUGCGCAACUCUUUGAUCGUCUCAAGACUACUGCUUCUCCACUCCCAGAAUACAAUUCCACGAUACCAUUCACAUCCACGAUUCGCCAAGGUGCUGGAUUGCUGGAUGUUUAUGCCGCUGUCAAGGCGGAUUCCACUAUAACUCCUUCGGAGUUUAGCUUGAGGGACUCUGCGAAUCCACCACCGCAAAACAUAACCAUAAAGAAUGACUCAGAUCUACCAAAUCACUACAUAAUUAGCCAUGAUCCCGCCGCGUUGCUUCGAGCCCAUGAAAAUUAUCUGGCCGGCGAACCAAAUUUCGACUCGAAUAGCGCUUAUACUCCGCAUUCUGUCCCUGCGUCUGCUCAAUUCUCGACGACCAAGCUGACUCUCCAGCCCGGCGAAUCGGCCACCAUUUCAGUGCGCAUUACACCUCAACCGGACAACUAUCCGUACUCGACGCCGGUCUAUAGCGGGUUUGUAAAGAUUGCCAGCGCUAGCUAUGUAUACUCGAUUCCCUACAUGGGCUUGCCGUACAGCAGGGACGCUGUUGGUCCGAUAGCACAGAAUGUCACAACAACAAUACCUUAUGCUACUCCACAGGUCUUGUCUAUUCCAGGCAAUCAGCAAUCUGUUUUCGCAGCUCAGGCAACUACACCGAAUAUCGAUACAUAUUAUUGGAAAGCAAAUGCUUCGGAGUCUAUUGUACCGUUCUUGAGGAUAGAUGUCCUCUUGCCGUCGAAACACAUCCUCUACGAACUCGUUCCCGCUAAUACAUCCUUUAUCCCGACCAUCUAUGGGUUUGAUCCUUCCGUCAAGAUUGACUACCAAGACACACAUCAGCCCAUCUUGCCUGGCUUCCUUGGCGUGCCAACUUAUGGCACAAUACGCGAUUUGAAUCUGACUAAUAAUGCAUCCCCAUCCACUGGCUUCUUUUAUAUGUUUGAUUCGCCGACAUUAUCGAACAACGGCGUAGCCUACAACAUCACGUCUGGAGAUUAUCGACCCCUUGCUCGCGCGUUGAAGUGGAAUGGCAAUGAGACUAAUCCUGAUGACUAUGAGUCAUAUCUUGGACCAGUAAUAAGGGCAAAUAUUCCAGCAGAUGUAUUCCCUAGCCGCUAA